AUGAGACUAUAUUUAGCCUUUCUAUGGGUGCUUUCUUUAGCUUUUGCUGAAUUUCACGGCUUUCUUGAUAUUGAUCCCCUGAAACCAAUGUCGAAGCCACCUCAGUUAGUCCGAAAGCCUCUGCGAGUAAAACUUAACGAAAAUUCAAAGGCAAGCUCCCCAGAUAUUCAAAUAGAAGACAAGAGGACAAAAAAGAUGAGAAAGGAAAAAAUACGUGGUGUUAGUUUAGGUGGUUGGCUAGUUUUAGAACCAUGGAUCAAUACAAUUUUAUUCGAACAGGUUGCAGCAGAAGCCGGUAAAAUGCCAGUAGAUGAAUACACAUUCACAAAGAUUUUGGGUAAAAAAAGAUCCCAGGAAGUCUUAAAUAAACAUUGGUCUACUUACUAUAAUGAAUCUGACUUUGCGGCAAUAAAGUACCACGGUUUGAAUUUGGUAAGAGUUCCGAUUGGAUAUUGGGCCUUUGAAAAACUUGAUAAUGAUCCAUAUGUUGGUGGACAGGAAGAAUAUCUUGAUAAGGCAAUUAACUGGGCUUCUGACAAUGACUUACAAGUUCAAGUAGACAUUCAUGGAAUGCCGGGGUCUCAAAAUGGAUUCGAUAACUCCGGACUUAGAACCACAAAUCCCAAUUGGCUAGAAGUAGACAAGAACAUGGCUGUGACGUAUAAGGUGGUAGAUUAUAUUUUAGAGAAGUAUGGUAAUCAUCCAGCUGUUGAUAGUAUUGAAAUGGUUAAUGAGCCUUUCGGCAUCGGAGGUAUCGACUUGGCCAAGUUAGAAGAUUUUUAUCUCUAUGUUUAUGAUCAAGCACGAGAGAAGGGUAUCACGAAAAAUCUUUACUUUCAUGAUGGCUUUCUUGGGAUUGGAUGGUGGGACUGGUUUAUGAAGGACACGAAGUACGAAAAUAUUACAAUUGAUCAUCACUUAUAUGAGAUCUUUUCAACUUGGCAUUUAGAUAAAUCAAUCGAAGAGCACAUUACAAAUAUCGAAGAGCAAGGAAAGCAAAUGGCAAAGCAAUACCACCCUAGUAUAGUUGGUGAGUUUUCUGGUGCCCUCACUGAUUGCACAAAAUAUAUAAAUGGUGUUGGGAAGGGUGCUCGAUACAAUGGAACAUUUCAGACCGAUCACGCUAUCGGUAGCUGCGAAAAUCAUUCCAACUUUUCAAGCUGGUCAGACGAACUAAAAAAUAAUACAAAGAAGUUCAUAGAAGUUCAAAUGAAGACAUUCGAAGAGAAUGCAAAUGGAUGGAUAUACUGGUGCUUCAAGACAGAUGAGACUAUUGAAUGGGAUUUUCAGAAAUUGGCUCAGUUAGGGAUGCUUCCGUCUGCUUACACAUAUCGACCACCUAAAGUAAAUGAAACAACAAAUACAAGUCCCAGUAAAAAUAGUUCAGGUCAAAAGCCGCAAAAAAGUGAAGCCACAUCUGCAAGUUACGAACUAUUUCACUUUAUGUAUACAUUCAAAGGUAAUGCAAUUUUUUAUGCAACGUACAUAUUGGGGAUCGUUUUAUUCACUAAUAUUUGA